AUGCGACGGCGAGUGCACCUGUUCCGCUGGUCCGACAUCAAGAGGAAGCUCGGCCGCUACGUGUACCGAGCCGCCCCAGAGGAGGAGGGCACUUUGGCUGGGGAGCUGGAGGCUGUUGAGCACGCGCACGUGCAGCAGCUAAUUGACUGGUCCUGGCAGAAGGGCGUCAACUACGAGUGCAUCGUGGGUAUCAUCGCCCUGCGCCUGCUCUCGUACGGGUACUCCGACCCGUUCCAGUUCAACGAGGAGGAGGACUGGGAUGUGUUAGACUUCCUGGACACGUUCAAUGCCCACACUGGCGGCUGGCCCGUCUUCCAGCAGCUGUUGCUCGUCGGCCGUAAGCUGCGCGACAGGCUGGCCGAUCCGGGCAGCUACCCGAGGUUGCAGGAGCGCGGCAAUUUGUGCGACAUCUUGGAUUCCAACGAGGACCGCGAGUACCGAGACGCGGUCUUGCGCGGCCUCGAGACCGGGAAGCAGGUGCCGGCCAGGACCCACUUGCGCGCGCUGAGCCGGGGGCUGGGGUGCGCCGCGGGCGCGGCAGUGGCCUUGCUGUCGCUCGCCCUGGACUUGGUCCGGGACAGGGGCCUGUACCAGGGCUCACAGAAGGAUGGGGACAACUUGGUGUUCUCGUACGUGUUCAGCGCGCAGCCCAACUGGUCGCCCUUCUUCGACCUGCUGACCACGGAGUGGCCUAUCUGGGAGCUCCUCAGCCACUUGGCCUGCGUCGACAGCAGCCGGCCCUGCGCCACGCGCUCGGAGGUGCGCUGCUUCGCCUCCGCCUCACGUCAGAGGGCGGCCUGCCCGCACGACCCGCCCGUGCUCCAGCGCAACUUCGCAGCCUGUGGUGAGCACGACAUCUGCACUUGGCCAGAGGCGCUGGGCGAGGCAGCGCAGUGGUGCGUGCCGUUCUCGCAGCGGCCGCCCUCGCCGAGGGAGCCGUUCCUCCUGCGCCUCGGCCACGACGACGAGGAGCGCGUCUGCUCCCAGUGCGGCCAGGACGGCGUGAUCCGCGCCCUCUUCGCACGCGUGGGCUUCCGCGAGGGCGUCGGCGAGGGCGGCCCCGCGCCCUUCUACGUCGAGUUUGGCGCCCGGAAGCCGGGGAUGCUCAACAGCGCGGCCCUGCGGCAGUUCUGCGGUUGGGAGGGCCUGCUCAUGGACUCGCAGCCAGGAGAGACGCCGCACGGCGCUUGCCCGGGCUGCCCAGGAGUGGCCGAGCUUGUGCGCGUCGAGUUCGUGACUGCCGAGAACGUGGUGUCCCUCUUCCACAAGCACGGGGUACCGAGAGACUUCGACUUGUUGACGAUCGACGUGGACUACAACGACUAGCACGGCGGUGGACUGGAUAUGGCGCGCCCUGCUGAGAGAGGGCUCUUUCCGCCCGCGGGUAGUCGCAGUGGACUUCAAUCCUGACGUCCCCCUCGACCAGGCCCUGGCAGUGAGGUACGACGCCGCGGCCGAGUGGGAUGGAAGCCGAUACACGGUUGCUUCCCUGCUCGCAUACGCUUUGAUGGCCAACGCGCACGGCUACUCGUUCGCCUACGCGCUCGAGAUGGGGGCCCACGCGUUCUUCGUGCGGGACGACCUGCUGGCCGAGGGGGACCGCAGGCUGCCUCUGCGAGCCGUCCAGAAGCAGUCCCACCCGCCGGACGCACUGGACAGAAAGUUCCCAGACAUCAGACGAUGUUAUUUUUUUUUCGCCCGCGGGGUCCCAGGGGAGGUCCCGACCCCUUCCCUGGGGGCAGUUCUUCGAUCCGGAUCCAUUUCUGAUGCCCCCGUGCCAGAAAGCGGCCCCUGCGUGGCCGAACGGGUGAUUCAACGCUUGGAUUUGUUCUCUCCGCAGAGAAACCCCGCCG